AUGAAUAUGCAUAUCCUGUCUUCAUUCAACUCCUCGCAUCACGGAUCCUUUCUGCUGAUCCGUUCUGGCCGUUCCAGCUGGCUCAGAACCCUAAGCGGCAGAGCUCAGAUCAGCGCCAGCCUUCGAGAGAGUUACCGGCUGCUACAGUUGCCCGAAGGUGAGCCCAUCAGUCCUGAGCGGGCGAAGGAGUCAUACCUACGCCUCGCCAAACUCUACCACCCGGAUUCCGGCGCACCUACAGCAGAUGCAGCAGUCUUUGCCCGAGUGGAAGAAGCCUACCGUUCCGUGCUUGCACACCGCACCAGUACCCAGAGUCGGGAUGCGGCGCGGGACGAGGAUGAAGACCCGUUGUCGGGUGUGGCCCCUCAGCAUCGGCACUACCUCAGCUACGAGGGCGUGGGCUCGGGAACCCCUAGUCAACGCGAGCGCCAGUACCGCCAUUUCCGUGCCGAUAGGGCCGCCGAACAAGUUCUGGACUACCGGCAGAAGGCGCAGGAAAGGGCGGCGGCGGGCGAGGGUGCACUUGUGGAGCGGGACGUGCGGCAACGCAGCAGAGGUAUCAAAAUCACGCAAGCGGUGGAGCGGUUGGUGGAGGACCUGAUCCAGGAAUCCAUGGCUAGGGGGGACUUCCGCAACCUGAGCGGUGCUGGAAAGCCGCUCAACAAGUUCCAGCACAACCCCUACGCCGACCCCAUGACGCACAACCUCAAUCGCAUCCUCCUGGACAAUGGCUACCAACCGCCUUGGGUGCUCACGCAGCGUGACAUCCGCGAAACCGCCAAUCGUCUCCGCGCCAACUUGCUGGACGGUCGAGCCGGACUGGGUGAACCCCUCGGUCCGGCGGAGCACCUCCGCUGGGAUGAGCUGUGCGCCCAUGCCGGGGAGGAGCUAGCAAACCUCAACAAGAAGGUGGACAGCUACAACCUUAUCGUGCCCAUGCUAAAGAUGCAAAUGGUGCACUUCAACCUGGAGCGGGAGGUGCGGCGUGCGGAGGAGGCGGCAGGACGGCGUGUACUUGAGCAGCGACGGAAGAGGAAGGAGGAGAAGAAGAGGGUCAAUGCUGCUAACGUUGCCGCUAGGUCUGUUAGCGCGAAGCGAGGACUCGCGUCGUGGUUGCAAAGUUGGCUCAAAUAA